AUGUCGCACCUUUCCGGAAUUCCACCCGCGAAUCCAGACGCGGCCUUUUCUCUCAUAGCCAGCUUCAAAGCGGACACGGCUGAGCACAAGGCUGACUUGUGUCCGGGGUUCUAUCGUGAUAAUAACGCACAACCAUGGAUCCUUCCUUCUGUUGCCCUGGCAAAGGAACAAAUACAUGCCGACCCAAAUCUCAAUCAUGAGCACCUACCUCUUGUCGGUCAUCCAGAGUUUCUCCUUGGCUCGCAGAAGCUGAUCUUUGGCGAAACGCGAGAUCUAAAGCGUGUAGCUUCGAUUCAGACAGUCUCUGGUACAGGAGCCAACCAUAUGGCUGCCCUGUUCCUCGCUGCCAACCUCAAACCAAAGAGAGUCUGGAUCUCAAACCCAAGCUGGAUCAAUCACACAGAAAUUUGGAAGCUUGUUGGCCCAGACAUUGAACAACGGUUCUACCCUUAUUAUGAUGAGACACAUCACCAAGUGGACUUUGAAGCAAUGGCACAGACCUUGCGCAAGGAGGCUUGUGAUGGAGACGUCAUUAUCCUACACGCAUGCGCUCACAAUCCCACUGGAGCAGAUCUCACCCGACAGCAGUGGGAGACUGUCGCUGAUAUCUGCAAGGGCUUUGCAUCUGGAGACCUGGAUCAGGACGCCUCUGCAAUAACUCACUUCUAUGAUAGAUCCGACCUAGAAUUCGCAGUGGCGCAGUCCUUCUCGAAGAACUUCGGCUUAUAUGGAGAACGAGUAGGAGCUCUUCACCUGGUUGUGCUCGAGACCGAGACUGCGGCGAAGGUUACCGCUCUCCUGACACAGCUUUCGCGAGCUGAGAUAACUUCUUGUCCUUCGUAUGGUGCAAGAAUUGUAGCCAAGAUUUUGAGUAGCCCGACUCUCUUUGACCAAUGGCAACAAGACUUGGUCACGAUGAGUGAGCGGAUGAAGGGUAUGCGAAAGGCGUUGUAUCAGGAGCUACAACGUAGAUCAGUGAGGGGGUCAUGGGAGCACUUACUUACAGACAUUGGCAUGUUUUCUAUGACAGGACUUACCCGCGAUCAGGUCUAUGAGCUCAAAACGAAGCAUCAUAUUUACCUGCUUCCAUCUGGCAGGUUAUCCAUAACUGGAUUGACAAGCAGCAAUAUAAAUUUUGUUGCACAAGGCUUCCUUUCUGUCUUAGGCACGAACUAG